AUGGAUCCCAUUGCAUGGGAUUUUAUUCAUCAGUAUGCUGCUGGCCUCAUGCCACUGCCAAAGGUAGAAAGUAACUUAUACAAUCAUCUUGGAGAAAAGUUGUCAUGGAAUCUGAAGACAAUGAUACAGCACUCGACAGUCUCAGCUCACCACACUGCUGCAUUGUCUCACUCUGGGAUCAAAAUCCACAUUCCCACACUUGUGGCAAUCUCCAAUCCUGCACAGAAGCCAAGCCAACUUGCCUUGGUGGAAUCUGAAGUGAUGGAAUCUGUCCAUUGCUUAAAGGAACAGAAUUGCAUUUUUGGCAAGCUGCCAUCUGUUGAUGAACUAGUUGAGCCACCGGAGGAAAGGGAAUUCCCAGAGUUUGUAUUGGAUGGGAGUAUCAAAGCCAUUGCUGAUGCAGUGCGCUCAGAGACAGCUGUGGAAAAUGGUGAGGUCAUUGACAUCAAUGACAGUGAUGACAGUGAUGAAGGUGACUCCAGAGAUGUCAUGGUGCCAACUUGCAGUACAGGCUGGUUACUCUAUGUCACACAUUGUGUCACAUAA